UCCCUCCUCGAACAGGAAAUCCCCCAACAUACCAUCAAGUAUAAAAGGACUGACUAACUCAGUAGACACAAUAAAGGACUCCAGCUGACUGAGUAUACUGAGUGAAUAGACAAAGUUACAGUCUGUUGAAUGCUUCACUUCUUCAACAACAUGCGCCUGAAGGUUGCUGUGAUCCUGGUUCUCUUCUCUGCUGUCUCAGUCUUAAGUAGACGUUUCCAAGGUCCCGGAAUAGUUUCUACAAACUGCUGCACCAAGGUGUCCCGAAGGCUGAUUCCAUUUCAGGUUACACACUACAGGAUACAGCCAGAGUUGUCUCCCUGCGUUGAAGCAAUCAUAUUUUACACGGUGAAAAAAGGACCUCUCUGUGCUGACCCGAAAGCACGCUGGGUAUCAAGAAAGAUUAAAGAGAUUAAUGCCAGGAUGCAGAGUGACGGGGCCAAUGUCAACUGAAUUGCCUCCUGGAAGAUUGAGAAAAUACGGAAUCUGACAUUUUCCUCUUGUUAAAUUAGUUUAUGUAUAUAUUAUUAUAUGUUAAUAUAUAUGUUAAUGGGAUGUGCUUGUCCAGAACAAAAAUAAAAAUACCUGGAAAAACUUUGCAGCUCUGGCAGCUUCUGCGGAGAGGAACACAGUUAAUGUUUCGCGUCAGCAUUGCUUGUCCAGCAUCGCACUGUAUAUAAAACCAUUUUGUGAAUCUUAAUUUAUUUCCAGUGCCAUUCAGGCAAUGUAGCACUGUUUCAAUGCUGUUUUCAUUUUAUUUCAUAAAUAUGUAAAUUUAUACAUUUAUGUUAUACUUUUUGUUGAUGUUGAAAUUAUUUUUAGCAAAAAAAUAAAAACAAACUUUCUUAAAAA